AUGACAUUCCAAGAGUUUCUUUGGGAUCUCGCAAUUACUGGUGUUAAUCAUUCGAUUGAGGGAAAUGGAGGACCGCUUUGUAUGUCGUUCAUUCCGGAUUGGCAAAAGUACCUGGAGUCGUUGAUUUUUGUGCCGGCUGCUUCCUAUCUUUGUUACAGAUUAUGGCCAUACUUGGAUACGAAUUUCACAAGUGAACCAAAGGAUUCGUCUCGCUAUUGGGUGCUCGCGCUUUACAGUUUAAUCUUUGGUGCCGAGAUUACAUACAAAAUUAUUUCAAAAACGGGUAUCUUCUUGCUAAAUCCAUGUCAUGUGACAACUUUAAUGCAAUUGUGGUUAUUGUGUUCGGAUGGACGAUCAAAGAGAGAGUGUUUCAUUUAUCGUUUGAUGAUCUAUUUCUCGACGGGCGCUGUUUUCGCAUUGGCCUUCCCAGUGCUCAACUCGAGAUUGCUUCCCGGUGAAGUUCUGAUCUACUACAUCCAGCACAUCGCAAUCGUCAUCACUCCACCAUAUCUACUCUAUCAUAAAGGUGCUUUCGAGGCCGAACGUGCCGAUGACUUUGUUUGGCCGGUGUUCGCAUUGUGCAUCUUUCUUCUCUACCAUUACGUUGUGCUUCAGUUUAUGGGACUGUAUACGGGCAUCAACCUGAACAACACGCUUUGCCCGGCUGUGAGCGAUCCAUUCCGAUCGCGUUUCUAUCGAAUGUGUGCAAUUUGUCAUCAAUUUCUUCUCGUCCCAAUCAUUUCCAAAACUCAUUCAGCUCUCGGCUCAAUUGUCGCCAAUUUGAAAUGGGAAUAUCGACAGUUGGCUGAGAAUUGUGUGAUCAAUGCAGCGAAACGAGACGAGAAUUCGGAUUCUAAAACUGACAUGAAAGUCGAUUCUCUG